UAUAAUAAUAAGAAGAAGAAGACGUUCAACUUCAUUUUCUGUCGAGUUCAAAACCAAGGCAUCAGCUGUGGUUACCGUGCAGUCGAUUAUGGGAAGAAUUUGUGCGGUCAGAAACUGCCGGAAUAUCUCUAGAAAAAGGAGUUGUCAUCGGCUUCCUCUCAACACCCCUAACAGUCAUAGAGUCAGAAAGUUGUGGCUUUCAUUCCUCGGGUUCGACAUAAACACCCCUGUAAAUGUACUUCGGGAAGCUGACCAUCGCGUUUGCGCCUUUCACUUUCGGCCUGAGGACUACCUUCAAUCAACAAGUCAUCGAAAGAAGUGUCCGAAGAGACUGCAUCUGAAAAGGGCAGCUGUACCGACGCUUUGUGGACCAACGCUAGACGAAGAAGACCUCGGGGCUGUUGGCGGUGUGGUGGACCAGCCUUCUACCUCCAGCAUAUCCUUGGUCCUCACCAGUCCACAGCCACGGCCUCACCAAUCCAAUAAAUCCCCAAGGAAGUCCUUAUCUGGCAGUUACCUUGCUUUCCCUGUGAUCAGGGAGAGGCUCUCACUAUCUCCAGAUGAUUGUGAAACUGAGAUGCUUCAAAUGGAAACCAGCAUGUCCUCAGUCAUUGAGGAUGACCCAAAAGACAUGAGCUUCAGCCUCAGUCAACAGUCAAGUUCAAGUGAAACCUCCAGUUCAAGUGCUUCAGAAGAGCAAGGGGAGUGGGAUGAAAGAAAAUGGAUUGUGAACGAGUCUAGCAUCAUGCAACUGUUUAGAACAUGCCAUAUAUGUGCCGCACAAAUCACGGAUAAAAAAGUGACAACUACAGGCAGCCAACUAAAGAUUGAAUGGACAUGUUUCAAUAAUCAUCAUGGCAAGUGGGCAUCAUGUCCUGAUGCAAGAGGAAUGGCACAGAAUAACCUGCUUGUCUCUGCUGCUACGCUUUUCUCUGGAACAACUUUCACUGAAGUACACGAGUGGGCCAGCAUCCUAAACUUGCAACUCUUGAAGAAAUCGCAGUACUACUCCAUCCAAUCCGACUACCUUAUUCCAGUAGUACACUUUGCAUACAAAGAUCAUCAUGAGAAUCUCAUCAGGCGACUUAUGAGACAAAAGGCUGAAGGCGAGUCCAUAGAGCUGUGUGGAGAUGCCAGGUCUGACUCACCAGGCUACAGCUGCAAGUAUUCCACCUAUUCGUUUCAGCUUCUAUCCAGUAAUGAGAUCAUUCACUUUCAACUACUACAGGUAACGGAAGCUAGCAGUUCAGUUGCCAUGGAGUCCCAAGGCUGUAGGAGGGGCCUCAACCAUCUCAUUUUCAAUGAAGGAGUAGAUAUAGACCUCAUCACUACAGACCGGGCCACAUCAGUUCAGAAAAUAAUGAGGGAGGAAUUCCAGAAUGCAUAA